AUUCUAUACUUUACGCACUUGAAUUUUAUGUGUUACACAUGUAAAUAUAUAUGACAAUUGAAGUGCUCGUGUAUUAGUAACGCAUUCACGAGGAUCCGUAAUUGAUAUGGAAUAAAAUACAAUUAGUUUCUAAUAAUGGCUUUGAUAUUACGAAACUGCAUUUUGAGCCAAAAGAAACGGUUUGUACAUGAAUUUUUAUUAUUCCAUCAUAGUGUUAGCAGUCAUACGUUCAACAGUAACAACGUUAAGAAAUUUGGAUCGCUUUUGUGUGCGAAACAUUUUUCUACAAAAAAUGAUGGGAAUUCGGAUAGAGAGCUUAUUUACGAAGGAUAUUUAACAAAACGAAUUCGUAGACUUAAACUCUUUUCUUUCUUCACAUCAGCUGGAUCAAUAAUUUCACUACCCGCAAUUUAUAUGAAAGCUGUGCACGAUGAUAAUUUAGCAAAUGUGGGUAUAAUGUUUGCACUUUUAAAUCUUGUUCUAACAUUGACUCCAUUAUUUAUACAUCUCACAACAAAAAGAUAUGUGACCGAAAUGUACUAUUAUCCAAAAGAGGAUAUGUAUGCUGCAAACGUAUAUGGCCUGUUUCUUAACAAAAGACAGCUAAAGUUUACAAAGGAUGAUGUAGAUGUACCUGAAUCAGGUGGAAUGCUCACAUCUUGCAAGAUACACGGAAAGCCAUUGCUUUUCGGUGAAGAAGAUUUCAAAGAUAAUAGACAUUAUUUUAUUAUUAUGGGGUAUAACGAGCCAAUAGAUUUUGAGAUGGGUACAAAUGCAGCUAGUACAGGGAAAAUCGAUUUAGAUUUGAUACGAGAAAAAUUAAAAAAUUAUGAAAAAGAUCACAAGCAGAUAGAGAGUAAAGAACUCGAACGAAACGAACGUGGAAUUUAAAGUAGUUUAAAGUAAUUUCAUUUAUUACAGUUUCUUAAUCUAAAACUUUUAUACAUUACUUAAAAGUACUAUAUACGUUGCUAGAUACAAAAUAUGUACAGUACAUUAUUAUGUAGAGGUUCUAUACUGAAAAAUAGAGUACCAAAUUACUAAAACACAAUGCAGAUAAACUUCGUCAUUGUCUUUUUUAAUUAAACCCAAUUAGCAAGAGAACUACACAUCUCCAGUCGAUAUUUAUAAGUUUGAAUGUACAGUUCGUAAAUAAAAUAUGUUACAAGCACAAA